UUUAAGUUUAAUACCUAUUCCCGUAUACUAUAUAGUAAGUUCAAAUGUGUAUGUGUACAUACACAUAUAAAUAUUUUAAAAAGUCGGGACCCAAAUAUGAUGUAUAUAAAUCAUCGCAAAAUCUUGUUAAAUGUUCAGCAUCUUACACAAAUCAUUGCAAAAUCUUAGUUUCCCUUCUCACUUUGUGACAAAGAUAAGAUGAGCAAGAAAAAGGAGACGAAGCUAAGCAAAUACAUAAAAGUUCCGAUAAAGAUGCUGGUGAAAGCUAGAGACAUGUACAUACGAAGCAUGAAUCAAUUUUCUUCCCAUGACCUUCCUGGAAGCGGCAUGAGUUUUGGGAUACCCGUCUGCAACGUAAGCACUCUUCCGCGAAGUUUCAGUGCUAGCCACUCCCAAUAUUCCGUGAGAGCUGAAGAUGAUCGUGUGGCUAAACUUGUAAGAGCCGCAUCAGCUAGAAAUGCGACCAUUGAUGGUGCACGACAUGAACCAUCAAAAUUGCGGAAGGCUAAGAGUUCGAGAAGUUGUGGUGGUCAUCGUGGCUUUGAGAAAAUAGAUGAGGCAAGUCCUUUGAUUAGCUUUGGGAGUAAGCACAAGAUGUUUCAAAGGAGUAAGAGUUACAGUGUUGUCAAAUACUUAGGCUCUUAAAAAAAAUUGUUUUGUUUAUGUGUUACGGGUCAGUUUGAAUGUUCAUUUAGAAUCUUUGGUACGUAUUUAUGUGUGAUUUAUGUAAUUAAGAAUCAACAAAUGUGAAAUACUUGUCAUGCAUGGGUGUUUUAAUUUCGUUAUUAAUGCUUAUUAAUUGUUGUAAAGUUGAAAUCAAAAUGUUAAUGUGAUAUUGUUUGUUAUAUAA